GACCAAGUCAACCAUAAAUAUUUUUAUACUAUAAUAGUUUUUUGGAUUGUCUAUGGUUAGUUAAGAAAAACUCAAUGUUAGAAAAAUGGUGUAAGUUUUUUCGUGCCAUAAAAUAAAUAUAUCGUGAUUCUAUAAAUCGCCUGUUUUUUAUGUUGCCCUCAUCAAGCUACCUGAAGGACUUUAAGAUAUAUAUGUAGGGCACAUAAAAAUGGUCCUUCGAUCCGUAAAAUUGUAAAAGUGAAAAGUGCGCCGGUGGAUAAAUAACUUCGCUGUGACUGUUCGUGUGUAUCUAUAAUACACCUUUAAAUACGACGUCGCGGCCAGAUUACACCGUGCGUGAAGGCUUUGAGAAGCCAUUUGUAGAAGAAAGCCACGACGAGGAUUCGAACGUGAAAGAAAUUGCUGUCAAGUGUUCGCGUAAUAUUCGACCGCGGCAUUUCAUACUCUUCAUACAGCGUCCGCCAUUUUGCGACGCAUCGAGUGCAUUUCUUCGUAAGAAAAGGAAAAAAAAGAAGACAGAAAACGUCGUGACGUACUUCCUGUCAUUUUUUUAAUUUCUAUUUUUUUUCCUGCCGGAGUUAGCAGAAUUUACUACAGUUGCAGUCAUUACCGGUUUUUGGUACGUGUAUCGGAACGUUUUCAAGGUGGGUCACAGACAACGGACAGGUGUUCGACCAAUCCCGUUGUUUCCGAAGAUUCCCGACGAUUGCCGACAAGACACGAAGCGCUUACGCCGCGGCCAUAUUGUCGCGCUGUUUCAUUUCCACUAUUUCUACUUGUGAAGGACGCGUGCGCCGCCAUUAUCAUUUUCGUGUAAUUAUAAUUUUUAUGGUAAAAGUUAAAGUAUUAGUAAUAAAAAUAACUGCAAAUUGUUGUAAAAAGGUUUCUGCAUACGACGACACUGUUUUUACAUACAAGAUGACGCUGCCGGACGAUUCCGACAAGCUUAAAAGGCUUAUAAGUGAGCGCGGGUACGUGAAGUCAUGUCUUACACGUAUAGAACGUUUCUGUGCGUCGGGUUUAGACACCGCAUCACUAGAAUUGCUCCAGGAAAAACGUACACGACUCGUCGAGAUACUCAAGGAGUACGAGAAAUACAACAAGGAAAUUCUAUUCCUUAAUCCAGAUGACAAGGAAAACCCGGAAGAGUAUGAAAAAAAGCGAGCGCUUGCCAUGGAGAAUACCAGCGGUGAGAAAAUGUACUCAUCCGCAGCUGACUCAGCAGGCACUUCUAAAGGUGGUAAGCCUGGCAAGUCUGCCAGCUUUGUAGCAGCCUCGACUUCAUGUUCUCCAACGCGAGUCGCUGCCGCUAACACCAACGGGGCCCUUCCUGGUUAACACGAGCUUCGGUUAUGUUGUCGCAGGCAGCCUGCCUGUGUCUGCAGGCCAGGUAUCCUCGUCAAACUUUUGUGUAACAGUUCAAGACUUAAGGCCGAAUCUUCCAGUCAACUCAUGGGAUCUCUACCGCUUGAUCGUGUUAACGUUACUCGUCCAUUCCAAAUUGUAGGCACCGAUUAUGCCGGGCCUUUCAAUGUAAAGCAAACUAGAAUAAGAAAUCCUGUCAUAACAAAAGCCUAUGUAGUGAUUUUUAUAUGCUUUAUUACAAAAGCUAUUCACAUUGAAUUAGCGUCGGAUAUGACAACUAAUACAUUUUUGUCAUGUUUUAAAAGAUUUAUAAGUCGUAGAAAUAAGCCUACGAAAGUAUAUUGUGACAAUGGAAGUUACUACAAAGGUGCAGAUAAUGUACUAAGGGAAUUGUAUAAUCUACUGAAUUCCACAGGACACCAAAACAAGGUAUUAGAAUAUGGUACCUCUGAAAGGAUUACAUUCAAUUUUAUUCCUUCUUAUAGCCCAGUAUUUGGUGGUCUGUGGGAGGCAGGAGUUAAAAGCGUUAAAUACCACAUGAAACGUGUAAUUGGAAAUGCGGUACUCACUUUUGAGGAAUUGUACACGGUGCUUGUACAAAUUGAAAGUAUCUUAAAUUCUCGCCCAUUGACGCCCUUGUCAAGGGACUGUAAUGACAUGACUUACCUUACACCUGCACACUUCCUCACUGGUGCUCCGUUCACCUCAUAUCCAGAAUUAAAUUUAAUGGAUGUAAAUGUAGGAAAGCUUAGCUUUUGGCGUCAGUGUACGCAAAUGCAACAGACGUUUUGGCGUCAGUGGCAUAAACAAUAUUUAGUUAUGUUACAGAGCCGUCCUAAAUGGCAAAAUCAACAGCCAAACUUGCAGAAAGGUACUAUGGUACUACUGAGGUCUGAUUCUAUAUCACCGUUAAGUUGGCCUGUUGGACGAAUUGUAAAUGUCAUACCGGGGAGGGAUAACUUAGUUAGAGCUUUAGAUGUAAAAACAGCUAAGGGGUUCAUUGUUAGAACUAGUGUAAUGAAAGUUUCGCCAUUACCUAUAGAUUAUAAUUAAAUUUAUUGUUUAAGCAUUGUAUUUAAAAAAUGUUUCUGGUACUAUACCUAUCUUGUGGCUGUGC